UCAGAAGAAGUGCGGACACUCUUCGCAACUUCAUUUGAGUUGUACAGGAAUCUAAUUAUUCUUUAAUGGCUAAACACGAAGAGCUCCUCGUUCCUGUUUUUUCCACUCUCGAACCGGUCUAUGGAAGUGGUUUUCAGCUUGAAGAAGCUCAGCUUCGAUUCGAGAAAAUAAAAUCCAAGUUUCUCCAGAUUUUUGGUUUCCAGCCUGACGUUUAUGCUCGAUCUCCAGGUCGAGUGAACUUGAUCGGAGAGCACAUUGAUUACGAAGGGUACUCCGUGUUGCCGAUGGCCAUACGUCAAGAUACGAUCGUAGCUAUCCACAAACGCGAUGCUGGAGAGUCUCCAAAGCUUAUUCGAAUCGCAAAUCUAAAUGAGAAGUACACCAUGUGUACUUACCCCACCGAUCCGAAUCAGGAAAUUGAUUUGAAGAAUCACAAAUGGGGUCAUUAUUUUAUUUGCGGGUACAAAGGAUAUUAUGAAUUUGCUAAAUCGAAAGGCAUAGAUGUUGGUGAACCAAUUGGACUUGAUGUCCUUGUUGAUGGGACAGUUCCUACAGGUUCUGGACUGUCAAGCUCGUCAGCAUUUGUUUGCUCUUCUACUAUUGCUAUAAUGGCUACCUUUGAUGUGAAUUUCCUAAAGAAAGAAAUUGCCCAACUUACCUGUGACUGUGAACACCAUAUUGGAACACAAUCUGGUGGUAUGGACCAGGCAAUUUCCAUCAUGGCCAAAUCUGGAUUUGCAGAAUUGAUUGAUUUCAACCCAAUCCAUGCAACUGAUGUGCAACUUCCUGCUGGUGGAUCUUUUGUGAUUGCGCAUUCCUUGGCAGAAUCCCAGAAAGCAGUAACUGCUGCAACAAAUUACAAUAAUCGUGUUGUAGAAUGUCGUUUAGCAGCUAUUGUUCUUGGCAUAAAGCUUGGUAUGAAACCACUGGAGGCAAUCUCCAAAGUGAAAACUCUUUCUGAUGUUGAGGGAUUAUGUGUAUCUUUUGCCGGUACUCAUGGCUCUUCAGAUGCUGUCCUUGCAGUCAAGGAAUUCUUGAAUGAGGAGCCAUAUACAGCUGAAGAUAUUGAGAAAAUCACAGAGGAAAAACUUCCUUCAGUCUUGGGCAAUGAUCCUACUUCAUUAGACGUGCUAAGAGCUGCCAAGAACUUCAAGUUAUAUCAGCGAGCCUCCCAUGUAUACUCUGAAGCUAAGCGUGUUCAUGCUUUCAAAGACACGGUUUCUUCUAGCCUAAGUGAUGAGGACAUGCUAAAAAAGCUUGGUGAUCUCAUGAAUGAAAGCCAUCACAGCUGCAGUGUUCUCUAUGAGUGCAGCUGUCCAGAGUUGGAAGAUUUGGUAAAGAUUUGUCGGGAUAAUGGAGCUCUUGGAGCAAGACUUACAGGAGCAGGAUGGGGUGGAUGUGUUGUUGCAUUGGUGAAAGAGAAUAUUGUCUCACAAUUUAUCCACAACUUGAAGGAAUUGUUUUAUCAAUCAAGAAUCGAAAAGGGGAUUAUCAAUAAGAAUGAUCUUGGCCUCUAUCUGUUCGCUUCCAAGCCAUCUAGUGGCGCUGCAAUAUUUAAGUUCUAGUUCCCUGUUCCUCUUUCUCUCUCUCUCUCUCUCUCUCUUGCCCU